GGAGCAAAAACCAAACGUUUCAAGCCUUCCCUACUAUAGAAAAUCACCACCACCAGCAACACCAACGUUAAAUGAAUUCAAGAUUCAAACGUGUUUGUGUGUUUUGCGGUAGCAGUCCCGGCAAGAAUCCUAGCUACCAGCUUGCUGCUAUUCAGCUCGGCAAACAACUGGUUGAAAGGAACAUUGACUUGGUUUAUGGAGGAGGAAGCAUUGGCUUGAUGGGCCUCGUCUCUCAAGCUGUCUUUGAUGGCGGCCGCCACGUGUUGGGGGUAAUUCCCAAGACUCUGAUGCCAAGAGAGAUUACAGGGGAGACAGUGGGAGAAGUAAGAGCAGUAUCGGGCAUGCACCAACGUAAAGCUGAGAUGGCUCGUCAAGCUGAUGCCUUUAUUGCCUUACCAGGUGGGUAUGGAACCUUGGAAGAACUCCUGGAAGUCAUCACUUGGGCUCAGCUUGGAAUCCAUGAAAAACCUGUGGGAUUAUUGAACGUGGAUGGGUAUUACAACGCACUCUUAUCAUUCAUUGACAAAGCUGUUGAUGAAGGUUUCAUAGCAGCAGCUGCCCGGAACAUAAUUGUCUCUGCCCAAACCGCCCAAGAUCUCAUGUGCAAGCUCGAGGAAUAUGAACCUAAACAUUCUGGGGUAGCCAAGUUAAGCUGGGAAAUGGAACAACAACUGGGUUUCACAGCAAAAUCAGAGAUUGCUCGUUGAUCCCAAACCAGCUUUCGUUUUACAUUCAAUCACAGUUUUAUGACCGUAGAUUCUUACAACCCCCAACAGGCAAAACAACAACAACAACAACCUUGUAGACUCAAAAGAUCCGAAGACAAGUUCCAGUUUUCAAUUUGUGAAUUCCUUUUUGUUUGUUUGUUGUAAUGGUUUAAGUAGAAUUCUUACAAGGACAGAACAGUGUCGGUGAUUAUAUUAGCUUUGCUAAAUUAUGUAUACUUGUUUUAUUGUU